AAAGAAGGUGAAGGGAUCAGUCAACCAGGAAGAAGUAGCUCAGAGCUGAAGGAAAGUCUACAGACUCAGGAGAGUGUUUGCCCGGGCACAUUAUGUGCACAGGAUUUCUUGGCAAAGAUGUACGUGGGUUAUCUUUUGGAUAAGGACAACAACAUGUACCCCAAUCCUGUUAGGCACCCUGGCCUCAAUUUGAAUCCUCAGAACUAUGUACCUGCGCCCCCUCAGUAUUCUGAUUUCCCCAGCUAUCAUCAUGUCCCUGGGAUUAACAGUGAUCCACACCAUGGGCAGCCUGGUGGCACCUGGAGCUCUUAUACCCCCAGCAGAGAAGACUGGCACCCCUAUGGACCAGGACCUGGAGCUUCUUCAGCUAACCCAACACAGAUCGCUUUCAGUCCUUCUGACUAUAACCCCGUGCAGCCACCGGGAUCUGGACUUUUGCCGCCUUCUAUAAAUUCCUCUGUUCCCCCUCUGUCCCCCAGCGCACAAAGGCGCAAUCCCUACGAAUGGAUGAGGCGCACAGGGGUCCCCACCACCACCACCACCACCAACGGUAAGACAAGAACAAAAGAUAAGUAUCGUGUAGUUUACACAGACCACCAGCGCCUUGAAUUAGAAAAGGAAUUCCAUUACAGCCGCUAUAUAACAAUCCGCAGGAAGGCAGAACUAGCAGCUGCAUUGGGGUUAACGGAACGGCAGGUCAAAAUCUGGUUCCAAAAUCGUAGAGCAAAAGAAAGGAAGGUAAACAAGAAAAAAAUGCAGCAGCAAAGUCAACAGGCCUCAACAACCACUCCAACCCCACCAUCAGUUGGUACCACUGCCGGAAUGGGAGGCCUCUGUAGUAGCAGCAGCAGCAACAGCAACUUGGUAUCUCCAUCAUCAAUGCCUAUCAAGGAAGAAUAUCUUUCGUAA